GGACAAGAAGUCCUGUUUUGUGGUUCACCAAGAAGGGCCACCAACAUCUCUGUCUCCAGGAUGGUCAAGAUCUGGAUGGGCCUGCUGGCCACCAUGGCGAUCCUGGUUGGACGCGGAGAAACUUUGACCUGCAAUCCCUGGCACUACAACCGUGUUGCCAACUUGGCCAGAGGCCGUUUGGCCUUCCAGUCCUCUUUAUACCCGGACCCGGAUUAUGGCGUGGCCAGCAAAGCUGUAGAUGGGAAUUGUAACGGGGACUGGUACGGAAGUAGGUCCUGCACCCACACCAAGCAAGAAUAUGAGCCGUGGUGGUACGUGGACCUGGGAGACCAGUAUGCCGUCAAUACCGUGCUGGUGAAGAACCGAGGGGACUGCUGCGGGGAGAGACUCAAGGGGGCUGAGAUCCGCGUGGGAAACUACCGAGGGAACCACAAAUCCAAUUUCCUCUGUGGGACCAUCUCAGAUGUCCGUUGGGGCUCCCUCAGCACCAUCAACUGCUACGGGGCCAAGGGCCACUACGUGAGCAUCAUCAUCCCCGGACGGAGUGAAUACCUCCACGUCUGCGAGGUGGAGGUCUACGGCACCCGGGCCCAAAAGAGAUAGGGUUAAAAGAGAUCACCCAUGCAAUCCCUUGAAAUCCACGAUGACGAGCAAUAAAGCUCCCUCUGAUCCAG